UUCUUCUGUAUCACUGGACAUCGAAACCACUACCGUUGGUUCCGAGAAGAGAGGUGUCAGCUCAUCAAGCAUUGUGGUGAAUCGCAUAGGUUGAACAUGGCUUCAAGUAAAAUCUUCGCAUUUCUUCUGCUGGCCAGCAUCAUCGGCACCGUACUAGCCCGCCCUGGUCACAGCGGUUACAUCGGUUAUUCACAUCCUAUAGUCUACAGCAGUUACAGUUAUCCGAGCCAUGGAUACGGACAUGGCCUAUACUCGUCCUACAGCUAUCCAUACUAUGGCUAUGGCCACGGAUAUGGAUACGGCCAUGGCUAUGGCUACGGUGGCUAUGGCUACAGUGGUUAUGGCCACGGAAGUUUGCUUGGAGACUACUGGUGGUAAAGACGAGAUUUGAUGUCCACUGGUUUCAUGACUCUCUAAUAAUCGACUACCCUGCAAUGCCCAAGGAUUUAUAACACAUAUACUACGGACACUACGGACGAUCUUUUUUUAUUAUUAAUUAUAUAUUUCACCAUGUAUACUUCAAUAAAUACUUUUCUUUGUUA